AUGAAGUCUGCCCUAUUCAAGUCGUUGGCUUUUCUCCCAGCCCUCUCCGUGGGAGCAAUGGCUACUCCGCUUGUCUCCUACGCAGGCUAUGUUUAUGAGAACUGCACUGGUCCCAGCAUCACAGCUACCAAUAUUGCGGUAUCCUAUUGUGCAAAUGUGGAAGAUAUUCCGAUCAAGUCUUUCACCGCGUAUGUAUUUUCCGGGGCUUGCGACGAUUCUAAAUCUCCUGUGUUGAAUGUCUACACCGGGGCGAAUUGCGGGUCUGGAUUGUUUCAGACUGUGGCCGUGGGGAGUGAGAAGCAGUGCUUCGAGGCGGAUACCACGAUUGUGAGCUUGGGGGUUGACAUUCUCCACCCCUCUCGCAACCCUGUUUGCUCCGUCUUCGACUCCCGUUCCAAUACCUCCCAGUCCAUCACCCAACGGCUUCCCGGCACUUCCUGUAGCGCUCGUAAUGGUAUCACCGAGACCUCGAGUAGCAGCACCUGUGACCCCACCGACAGUGCGAGAGACGCCUCCGACCGUGUUUCCGAGCGUCGAGGUUACGAAUUUGGCGGCACCAGUGACGCCGCUGUCUUGGGAGGAGGAAAAAGUGUUGUUCGGCAUGAUGCUGGUGUUUCUUGA